GGAAGGGACAGUCGGUCGCAGACCGCGCUGGGUUGCCGCCGCCGCUGCCGCCAUCGUGCCAGCCCCUCGGGUCUCAACGAGGCCGGGUGACGCUCCAGAAUGGGAGACAAGCCAAUUUGGGAGCAGAUUGGAUCCAGCUUCAUUCAACAUUACUACCAGUUAUUUGAUAACGACAGAACCCAACUAGGCGCAAUUUAUAUUGACGCGUCAUGCCUUACGUGGGAAGGACAGCAAUUCCAGGGGAAAGCUGCCAUUGUGGAGAAAUUGUCUAGCCUUCCGUUCCAGAAAAUCCAGCAUAGCAUCACGGCACAGGACCAUCAGCCCACGCCAGAUAGCUGCAUCAUCAGCAUGGUUGUGGGCCAGCUCAAGGCCGAUGAAGACCCCAUCAUGGGGUUCCACCAGAUGUUCCUAUUAAAGAACAUCAAUGAUGCUUGGGUUUGCACCAAUGACAUGUUCAGGCUUGCCCUGCACAACUUCGGCUGACCUCCUCCCAGCCAGGCACUCAUGCUGUUUCCUCCUCCCUCCUCUUCCCGAUAUUAUUCAUGCUCCUCCAGAUGCUCCAAAUAUCAUACACAAAUGAGCAGGGCCGCGGUGGGAGUGGGCGCAGUGCGCUACUGCUGCCGAGGUAUUGUGCAUGAUGUUUGGACGCUAGACUAGUUGCAUCUGAUGGGAGAAGUUUGUGUUGUACCAGCGCAUGCCUUGGAAAGACUUAAGUAAUGCGAAAGGUUGUCUUUUUUUUUUUUUUUUUUAAUCUACUGACAAGUUGCUCUAGUAACCCAAAGAAGUGAAGGAGAAAGCAGCUGCCUCACCACCGAGAUAUUGAUUUGUUCAGAUGUUUCAAUGCCUCAUGAUACAAUAAAACCACGAAAAUUUUCUUAACA